GCGAUUUUCAUUGAAGGCUGUUGCGCGUGCGCCCUAAAGUAGAUUGUUAUCCCGCUGAUUUGUUCCGGUUUGAAGUCUGCGCAUGCGUGGAAGGUUCGUGAAAGUUCCUCAUUGAAAGCCGGCGUGUGGGAGAGGAGAAGAACUGAAGGUUGCGCCCUGUCAGACGGAGGUUACUCGCCCCCUGGAAAGGAAAGGUUGAACUACCGCCAGUCAGUGCUGGAAUAGUGUGUGACUAUGUCUUUACUCUGCUACAACCGGGGCUGCGGGCAACGCUAUGAUCCAGAGGGGAACAGUGAUGAUUCAUGUACAUACCACCCCGGUGUUCCCGUCUUUCAUGAUGCUUUAAAGGGUUGGUCCUGCUGUAAGAGACGAACCACUGAUUUUUCUGAUUUUUUAAGUAUUGUGGGAUGUACGAAGGGGCAGCACAAUAAUGAAAAGCCUCCGGAACCAGUGAAACCCGAAGUCAAGAUAACAUCUGAUAAGAAGGAACUGGCAGAUUUUAAACCAAAGUUCAAUGAGCUUAUUAUUCAAGCCCCAAAACCUAUUGAGUGCAUAAAUAGACCAAGCUCGGACGAGCCAAUGGCAAAACUGCAGCUGAAGAUUUCUGCAUCCUUGAAGCAAGCACUGGAUAAACUGAAGCUUUCAGAAAAUGAUAAAACAGUAACCGAUGAAUCCGGUGAAAUUAAAAUUGGAACCUCUUGUAAGAAUGGUGGUUGUUUAAAGACUUUUGCUGGACCACAGAGUAAUGAAGAGGUUUGUCAUUAUCACAGCGGGGUGCCCAUAUUCCACGAAGGGAUGAAAUAUUGGAGCUGCUGUAGGAGGAAAACCUCCGAUUUCAAUACGUUUUUGUCUCUAGAAGGGUGUACAAAGGGUACCCAUUUAUGGACCAAAAAGGAUGAUGGUAAAAAAGUAGUCCCAUGUAGGCACGACUGGCAUCAGACUGGCGCAGGAGUGACAAUAUCAAUUUAUGCAAAAAAUUCAAUGCCGGAGCUAAGCUACGUGGAAGCAAAUAGCACAGUUGUAAAUAUUCAGGUAGUAUUUGAAGGAGAGAAGACAUUUCAGCAAAAUGUACAGCUCUGGGGGGUGAUUGAUGUUGCGAAAAGUUACGUCAGUUUGACUGCCACAAAGGUGGAAGUCUUUCUGAAGAAAGCGGAAUUCAUGACUUGGGCACGGCUAGAAUUACCUCAAAAAGCCCCGGCCCCGUCUGAACAGAAUGAGACUCCAGAGGAACAAGAAUAACUGUAGACAUUGUCAACGUUUCGGGGUUGCGAUAAGAGCUUUUGCCUUCUUUCCAUGCUCCAUUGCUAUAAUUGUUCCCCCAAGUUUUCUUUCGUAUCAUUCUAGCAAGGCGACUUCUGAUCCCAAUCCCUCGUUUGUCCUUGUAACAACACCAAAACGGUCUGGUCAGAACUGCAGGUAAAUGACGGGCUUUUCCUCUUGUUAUUAUAUUUUAUAUGUAAUCUGUGUGCUCCUGGAACAUUGCAAUCAAGGUGCACAGUCAUGAAAGAAAUAAUGUUGGAAAUUGAGUUUCAUCCGUAACCGUAAAUGGCACGCAAGUGGUGCAUGCUACAUGACAAGCAUAUGCAAACAUGCUGAAAGUUGCACACGCAUUUGAGUUUGUAAAUGAGCCGUUAAAUAAAUACCUCCAUGACUGUAA